AAUCCCCGAAGAACCGUAAACAAAGAGCUCCGGUAGAACAGGGUCACGGAACCACAAUUGCUGCUGCUGUAAAUAUCAACUUGAAAGCAGGACACGUUGUUGGUCGAGCAUGCCCAGUAACGCAGCUCAACUCUUGGAGUCAGACGAUACUGAACCGGAUCUCCCGGUACUGGUACCGAACCUGAGCGGGUUGAGUCUCCGGGAUAAUGAGAGUCCAUCGGAACCACGUGGUACUCCUCAUCUGGGGGUCCUGGGUGCGGUGUUAGACCUCCAGCCCCUGUCCCAAACUAGAUCAGAGGAGGAAAACAGCACCAACAACAAUAGUAUCAGACAUGAUGCUGAUCUGGACCAGCUGAGGGCCCUGGCCCUCACAGGCAUGGAGGAUGGGCUCUUCCAGGAUGGGCUGGGCGAGUCUCAAGGCUUCCACCAUGUUCAGGGGAGGAUGAUGAUGGCAAUGAUGAUGAUGCAGGAGGGCGAGAGAUGUGCACUAAACACCAGGAGGAAGAGCGUGAACACAACAGAGUGUGUGAUGGUGCCCACAUCUGAGCAUGUGGCGGAAAUAGUUGGCAGACAGGGUUGCAAGAUCAAAGCUCUGAGAGCAAAGACCAACACUUACAUCAAAACACCCGUCAGAGGAGAAGAACCAGUGUUCGUGGUGACCGGACGAAAGGAGGACGUCAUGACGGCGAAGCGAGAGAUCAUGUCAGCGGCCGAGCAUUUUUCCCUCAUCCGGGCGUCUCGGAACAAACUGCCGCCGAACGUCGGGCUCAACAGCGUCCCUUGCCAUCCGGGACAGACAACCAUCCAGGUACGGGUGCCGUAUCGAAUGGUGGGGCUCGUGGUGGGACCGAAAGGAGCGACCAUCAAGAGGAUCCAGCAGCAAACCCACACUUACAUCGUCACACCAAGCCGUGACAAAGAACCGGUGUUUGAGGUGACCGGCAUGCCUGAGAACGUGGAUCGAGCGCGGGAGGAAAUCGAAGCCCAUAUCGCUCUGCGCACCGCGGGACACGUGGACACCAGCGCGGACGACGACGACUUCCACUACAACGGCACCGACGUAGGCUUCGAGUCGGGGAGCAACAGAGCCUGGCUCUUCGCGAACGUCGAUAACGGCGGCUUCCACGGCAACGCCUCGGGAUACCGAAACGACAGCUCCAGCUCGCUCGGAAGCAACUCGAGCGAGUCGUACUACAGCGGGAAAGGCAGCGGCGCGGCGGAUCUCAGUCCCGGUAGCACCGGCGGCACGUUCUGGUAUGGCGACACCCAGUUGCCCUUGGGAUCCGAAGAUCCGUCCGGAUACGACGGGCUGACGAUGACGGCGCCGUCCACCAAUCCGUUGUGGAGCGCCUUUGAUCGGGGAGGCGCGAGUUUGCCCAAUACGCCGAGGCUCUCUCCGUCCCUUCUCGCUCGCCUGUCCCCGUCUCUUCCGGAGGCCCUGGAUCAUCAUCCGCUGGUUCGGCUGGUGCAGGAGAAUUCCCAGAGCCUCCCGGCCUUUGGUACGGCGUUUUCCCCGUCGGGCGACAGCUCUCCGCCGGACGUGCGCACCUUCCCCAAACACAGCCAGGUUCCCGCGUGCGUGCGUUGCGGAGACAAUGUGGCGGCGAUUGUCCUCGGGGGGCAAAACCUCGUGUGUCUGGAGUGCUCCAACAUCCUGCAAAGCGUGUAGAGAGGAGCAAACUGGUUUAUUUUUUACAUUGUUAAAUACUUCUUCCUUCUUUAUUAUGUUUAAAUAACUGGGAAAUGCAGGUUUUCAAUCAAUUCAUCUCAAAGAUUUCCACAUUUACGUUUAGCCGCUACGUCGUUCUUACGGCAAGCAGUGCUGGGGUUUAGCAGCGCUAAAUCGUGUUUUUUUUUGUUCGUUUGUUACUUUGUUUUUGAGGUAUUGACAUUUUCAUGUGCCUGAUUCCAUGACGGUAGCGGUGCACGUUGGCGCCGUUGCUGGAAAAGCAUCUGUGGCCUUGAGUUUCUGUUUUGCAACACUAGAGUCAAGAAGCACGCGAUCAUACAAGAGCCGUCCUGACCUCCACGACCCCGAAGCCUGUACUCCAUAAACGUUUAAAUGGAUAGUUCACUUUGAAAUUAAUUUUUGGUAUGUUUUAGCU